AUGAUGCCCCUUUGUGUUUUUCUUGCAAUUCUCUAUAAAAUCUGUCAGGUGCUAGCUGUUCACAAGACCUCAAGUGUAAUUCAGGAGAGUGGAAUCAAGAUAGCUAAAGUCGGGGAGAAUGUAACAAUAACAUGCAUUUGUCAAGAUGAUGCUGUAACUUUCCUUUCUUGGUACCAGCAAAGCCUGGGUGGCAAACCUAACAUCAUAUCAACUCGGAUGAAGCACAACCCAGAAGCUGAUAUCUACGCCAAGUAUAAAGACAGGUUUAAAGUCCUUGUAGAAGGUAAAAAAGAAUAUCUUGAAAUCACAAACCUCAGCCUGUCAGAUUCAGGGACGUAUUACUGUGGGGUUUUAGUGUUUAAUGCUAUUGAAUUUGGACAAGGAGUUUUCCUUCAUGUCAAAUCACCAGCGACCAGCACUGGAUCUGCAAUUAACCAGCCAAUGUUGAAGCCGCUUCGCUUGGGGGACUCUUUGAACUUGACCUGUACAGUGGAAGCUGAACCAUGUGCAGAGGAACUGAACCUUUACUGGUUCAGGCAUGGAGCAUCUCAGUCUACAGUCAUGUAUCCCAGCGAGGGACACGUGUGUGCAGACAUCUCACAGGAAACACCUCACAGGAGAAAUUGCACUUUAAAUCUUGCAAUAAAGUCAGUGAGCUCUGCUGAUGCUGGGAUCUACUACUGUGCUUUGGCCUCCUGUGGAGAGAUUAUUUUUGGAAAUGGAACAAAGGUUGAGAUUGCAGGUUCCCCUGUCUUGGUGUAUUUCCUGAGUGCGGCAUUAGGAGGUUCCUUUAUUGUGCUCUUCGUCUUGGCUUUCAUCAUGUACAAGCUUAGGAAAAACCUGUGCUCUGUCUGCAAAGGAGCUGUUCCUCAUCAAACCUGUACAGUCUCAGAUGCAGUGAGCCAAGAUGCAGACAGCCUCCACUAUGCAGCUCUGAGUCUGAAGAGGAGUAGUAAACAACAUCGUCAAGAAGAAAAUGUGGAUAAUAUUUGUGUGUACUCUAGAGUAAAGAGCAGAAAAGUGUGA